GAUCCCCCUUUCCCACAGUUAUAGCUCCACUUUCUUGGGAUUGGUGGGGAGCAAAGGGUGCAGAAGUCAGGUCUUGAAAUCGCCUGGGGAUUUCUGGGUGAGGUGGGUGGAGAAAAAGGAGAACAGCAAGCAGGACCUGGCAGCUGCUGCAAACGGCUUCACCCAGAGACACAGGCGCCAGUGACACUUGCUCUAAGUGAAAGUGAAAGAGAAGUCGGCAGCAGAGGGAACAGAAAAGAAACCCACAGGCCGCUGGCUGGCCAGGGGUGCUUGAAGAGCCCCCCUUCUCCCACCGAGCCUCGCAAGCGGGGUAGGACUGCGGAGGAGGACAGUGGGCGAGGAGGAGCCUCGAGAGCAGCCUCCAUGGGCAUGGAGGAGGGCUUGUGCCUGCUGCUGUGCCUGGUUCUAUCUGGAGCAGCAGAAACCAAGCCUCACACAGCAGAGAGGCAGUGGCGGGCAGUGGACGUGGUCCUAGACUGCUUCCUGGUGAAGGACGGUCAGCACCAUACAGCUCUUGCCAGCAGUGAGAACAGAGGCAGGGCCUCCCUCGUGCUGAGGCAGGUGCCAGUGCCGGACGAUGGCUCCCUGGAGGACUUCACCGAUUUCCAAGAGGACAUGUUGGCCCAAGAUGACCCACCUGUUAUCUUCAAGGCCUCAGUGGACCUGGUCCAGAUUCCCCAGGCCGAGGCCUUGCUCCAUGCUGACUGCAGCGGAAAGGAGGUGACCUGUGAGAUCUCCCGCUACUUUCCCCAGACGAGAGAGGCCACUGUUGAGCCAACAGCUUGGUUCAUGGCCAACGUGCAGGUCUCUGAAGAGGGACCAAGUAUCUCCAUGGUGAUGAAGGCUCUCAGUGAUGCUGAGGAUGAUGCUUUCCGUCAACCGAUGCUGAACUUCCCCCUGAACCCCCAGGGGACUGUGGGAACUGCAGUGGAGUUCCAGGUGAUGACACAGACCCAAUCCCUGAGCUUCCUACUGGGGUCCUCAGCCUCCUUGGACUGUGGCUUCUCCAUGGCACCAGGCUUGGACCUCAUCAAUGUGGAGUGGCGGCUGCAGCACAAGGGCAAGGGUCAGAUGGUGUACAGAUGGACCAAAGGGCAGGGGCAGGCUGGGCGGAAGGGCGCUACCCUGGAGCCUGAGCAGGUGGGCAUGGCCGGGGAUGCCUCCCUCACACUGCCCAGCCUCACUCUACAGGAUGAGGGGACCUAUGUUUGCCAGAUCACCACCUCUCUGCACAGAGCUCAGCAGAUCAUCCAGCUCAACAUCCAAGCUCCCCCCAAAGUACGACUGAGCUUGGCAAACGAGGCUCUGCUGCCCACCCUCAUCUGCAACAUUGCUGGCUAUUAUCCUCUGGAUGUGGCGGUGACGUGGACCCGAGAGGAACGGGGUGGAUCCCCAGUCCAAGUCUCUGGAGCUUCCUUCUCCAGCCUCAGGCAAAGCGCAGCAGGCACCUACAGCAUCUCUUCCUCUCUCACCGCAGAGCCUGGGUCUGCAGGUGCCACUUACACCUGCCAGGUCACCCACAUCUCUCUGAAGGAGCCCCUUAAGGCCAGCACCCAGGUUGUCCCACCAGAACAGAGAACCGGCUUGGGAGUCAUCUUUGCCAGCAGCCUCUUCUUUCUGGCACUGUUGUUCCUGGGGCUUCAGAGACGGCAAGCUACCUCACUGUCAAGACUGUAAGGCACUCUGGGUAGUCACUCUGCUGCCUCAGAGUAGAAAGUAGUCAUGUGCUCAAAGAAGAACUCUAAAUCAAGUCACAGAGCUAAAAAGGCAUGAAGGUGGCACCAGCUCACAGGGCACUAGCCCUGGCUCUGCAUAGGACUCUGCCUUCCUGGGUUCAUGCACCAAAGCAGAGAACAGAAAAACAAAGCUGGAAGAAAUGGAAAAGGAACAAGUGAGGGACAAUGGGGCAUGGGGUGGGGGCUGGGCUACCACUCAGCUCUGUCAAAAAUAAAAGCCCCUUGUGUCUGCUGUGA